GCUCCCGCAGUUCCCCUGCGCUGCUUCCUUUCCCCGGCAGCGGAGCAGAGCCCAGCCCGGCCCGGUCCGGUCCGGCCCCGCCUCCCCUGCCCUUCCCCGCGCACCGGGGGGACAGCCCGAAAGUGACCCCCAGAAACGCGUCCUCGCCCCGGCAGCAGAGGCGGCACCUCGGCGGCGGCUUCCCCGGCUACCAGCGCUUCGGCAAACUCGCCUCGAAAUCCGGUUCGUGGCCGAGGACGGACGGUCCGGUACGUCGGUGGGAAGGGGUGGCCCGAGGGCGGCGAAGACCCCAGCCGAGGGGCCAUGUCUCCCUUCAGCAGCCGGUGGCCGGUCUGCUUGCUGGUGGUCGGCUGCCUGAUGGCCGGGUCAUCCCUGAGUCAGGAGUGCUCCGCAGAGAAAAUGGAAAAUGCCAUCGUCGAUAUCAACUUGUCCCUGCCCGAAGGCGUCAGGGGCGCAGAGCCGGUGUACACCUCGACCCCAGAGGCUUGUGUUCGUGCCUGCUGCUCGGAGGAAAAGCUCUCAGGAGACAAGAAGUGUAACUUGAUGAUUUUUAAUGCUCAAAGGACAAGUACGCAUCCCAACUGCUACCUGUUUUACUGUCCUAGCACAGAGGCUUGUCCCAUGAAGUCUGCAAUAGGGUAUGUGAGCUACAAGAUAACUAGAGAAACCCCUGCCACGGAGGAUACAUCCUUCAAAAAUGAGGUCUUUUCUUCAAAUGGGUAUUCUUUGUCUUCGGAUGCUGGAGCCUUUAUUUCUUCCAGUCACACAAGCCCUCACAGUCCUACCACUGCAUUGCAACAACUUGUCUUUCAUCAGGCAUCUGAACUCCCAAACUCUGUGACCAAGCAUUUAGAUAACAGUGACUUUCACACAGCUUUUCCUGGUUCUCAAAGGACAAAACAUCCUGAGAGCUUAGACCCCACCUCAGGGCAGAAAGUAAUCAACUUGCCAUCAAAUAAGUCUGCCGCUGUUCAAAUUGGAAACCCCUCUACUUCAUUCCCAACCACUCAGUCUAGUGUUUCUGAACUCAGCAGUACUACUCUUACUCCUCUCACUGCAAGUACCUCCCAACUGGAGUCUCAUACAACCUCACUGCCUAUUGGUGGUACUAAACCUACUGCUCUCACCAUCACCACAGCUGCCUUUUUGCCAACUGGAAGCACUAAAGCAAAACCUGAUGUCCCUGACACCACCUUUGCUGUUACACGUGUUCCCCUUUCCAGUCCCACAACUUCUGCUUCUACUACAACAACCAAGUGGGUGACCACAAAUUUCACAUCUGCUACCACCCCAUCAGGGCUAAGAACUCCAACCAUUCCUCAUGAGCCAACAGUUGUCUCUCCCAAUGAUACCAGCCAGGUUACCCUCCUCUCUUCUUCAGGUCCCACUUUGUCUACUAGCAAUUCUCCCACAGCUUCCCAAAGCAACCCUGAGGGUUAUGACCUAUCUGAUUCAGAAAGCUACCUGCCAGAGGGUAUUCUGAGAGAGAAAGGUGUCAAUCAGCUGGGAGAAAAAAGCAGCCUGAUAGCAGCUUUGCUUUUUGAGGUGAUAUUCUUAUUACUAGUUAUUGCACUAACAGGGAAGAAAAUACACGAAUCUCUUCAGAAGAGACCUUACACCAGGCUGGAUUACUUGAUUAAUGGAAUGUAUGCUGAUGUAUGAUGGAGAGAGGGAAUAAGAUUGUGAGAAGCAUGUCUCAUCCUUGAGAGGACAACUCUGAAAUGGAAGGGUAGAUAUUCAAAUCUCAGGUGAGGAUGAAUUCCCUUUUUUGGCCACUAAUGGGAAAGCAGCAGAUGGCUUUGGGGAAAAUAACUGCUUUUUCUACACUGAACUGUAAUGUCUGUCAUUUUGGAUUUAUUACUAAAUCUGGAAAAUAAACACUGAAAUCCAACUUAA